GGCCGGCCGGGCUGGGGGCGCGUCUGGCAGCGAUGGCGGCGGCGACGGCAGCGGCUCCGGGUCCGUGCGGGGCGGGGGGGCCCCGCGUGUCCAGCGGCCGGGACCUGAGCUGCGUCCCGGAGGUGGCGGAGACCCUGGGGGCCGUGGCUCGGCAGGGGUUCGAUUUCCUGUGCAUGCCGGUCUUCCACCCACGCUACCGCCGGGAGUUCAGCCAUCAGCCGGCCAGUGGCCGCCCUGGCCCCCACACCCGCUCCGACCUGCUGCUCUCGGGGAGAGACUGGAACACACUGAUUGUGGGGAAGCUGUCUCCCUGGAUCCGCCCGGACGCAAAGGUGGAGGCAGUCCGCAGGAACUCAGAGGCGGCAAUGCUGCAGGAGCUGAACUUUGGGGCAUACCUGGGGCUCCCUGCAUUCCUGCUGCCCCUGACGCAGGGCGAGAACCCCAACCUGGCCCGGGUGCUGAGUACCCACAUCCACACCGGGCACCACAGCACCAUGUUCUGGAUGCGGGUCCCCCUGCUGGCCCCUGAGGAUCUGCGGGACGACCUGAUCGAGAAUGAGCCGGUGCCGGUGCCCGAGGACGGCUCGGGGGAUGAGAAGACAUGGAUAUGGUGGCACGAUUUCCGGACCCUCUGUGACUACAACAAGCGCAUUGCAGUGGCCUUGGAGGUGGGGCCAGACCUGCCCUCCAAUCACGUCAUCGACCGCUGGCUGGGGGAGCCAAUCAAAGCGGCCAUCCUGCCCACUAGCAUCUUCCUGACCAAUAAGAAGGGUUUUCCCGUCCUCUCCAAGAUGCACCAGCGCCUGGUCUUCCGCCUGCUGAAGCUGGAGGUGCAGUUCAUCGUGUGGGGCGCUCACCACCACCCCGAGAAGGAGUUCUGCUCUUACCUGCAGUACCUGGAGUACCUGAGCCAGAACCGGCCCCCACCCUCCGCCUAUGAGCUCUUCGCCAAGGGGUACGAGGACUAUCUGCAGUCCCCCCUGCAGCCCCUGAUGGACAACCUGGAGUCCCAGACCUAUGAGGUCUUUGAGAAGGACCCCAUCAAAUACUCCCAGUACCAACAGGCGAUCUAUAGGUGCCUGCUGGACCGGGUGCCUGAAGAGGAGAAGGAGACGAAUGUGCAGGUAGUGAUGGUGCUGGGAGCCGGCCGGGGCCCCCUGGUCAAUGCCACGCUGCGGGCGUCCCGCCAGGCCGGCCGGCGGGUGAAGAUCUAUGCCGUGGAGAAGAACCCCAACGCUGUGGUGACCCUGGAGAGCUGGCAGUACGAGGAGUGGGGCUCGCAGGUGACCGUGGUAUCGUCUGACAUGCGGGACUGGACGGCCCCUGAGCAGGCCGAUCUCCUGGUGUCGGAGCUGCUGGGCUCCUUUGCUGACAACGAGCUGUCCCCCGAGUGCCUGGACGGGGCGCAGCACUGCCUGCGGGCGGGCGGCGUGAGCAUCCCCAGCACUUACACGUCCUUCCUGGCACCCAUCUCCUCCUCCAAGCUGUACAACGAGGUGCGCGCCUGUCGGGAGAAGGACCGGCACCCCGAGGCGCAGUUUGAGAUGCCCUAUGUCGUGCGGCUCCACAACUUCCACCAGCUGGCACCACCCCAGCCCUGCUUCACCUUCCACCACCCGCACCCAGACCCAGACCGGGACAAGAGCCAGUACCGGCAGCUGGAGUUCGCGGUGGAGGUGAACACUGUGCUGCACGGCUUCGCCGGCUACUUCGAGACCACGCUCUACGGCGACGUCACACUCACAGCCGCUGGCGGUGCGCGCGGGCGAGCGCGUGCGCGUGGCCUUCUGGCGCUGCGCGGCCCCGCGCAAGGUGUGGUACGAGUGGGCGGUGACGGCGCCCGGCUGCUCCGCCCUGCACAACCCCAGCGGCCGCUCCUCCACCAUCGGCCUCUGAACGGGCGCCACGUCAGUGAGACCCCGCCCCCUCCGUCUCGGCCUGUGAGUGGCCCGGACGUCACCGGGGGCGGGGCCUGGACCGAGACCCCGCCCCACGCGGCCCUCCCUCCCCUCUCUGUCCACGGUCCGUGCGUUUCAAUAAAGCUUUCUGUCUGGGCCCUUGUGUGUGUCUGUCUCCGGCGGGAGAGGGGCGCCCUCCCGUUGUCAUGGCAACCAGCCCCCUGAGCGCAGCCGUGCGAG